GUCCAUUGCUUUUUCAUCUAGAUCAUGAACAUUUGUUGAGGGCACWCGAAAUUGACARCAGAACCAAAGCCGUGCUCGUCGGCAUAUCAGCUAUUGCAGCAUCGACUUCAUUUGUCAGUAACGGCAUCAUCAUCCACAGUGUUCGAGUCAACCGACACAUGCACACAACAACCAACUACUUCAUCGUCAACAUGGCCUGUGCAGACAUCAUUCUUGUUCUCCUUAGCAGCCCUUAUAACAUACAUUUUGCCAUCAGAUGGUUUGCUUGGUUCCCAGGGCGGUUUGGGCAGGUCACUUGCAUUGUUUUUGCUUUCACUCAGUUUAUGAUAGGAUCRGCUUGUUCAACAUUUAGUCUUGUGGUGAUAUCAUUUGAUAGAUUGAUGGCAGUCAGCUGUCCUCUUAAAUACAAAAGCCAUCGUCCAUCGACCAAAUACCUUAUAAUGCUUACAUGGUUAGUCUCACUUGCCUCGGCAUCAGCGUUCAUAAAUGCAGCAAAGCUGGUCACUUUGCCAAGUGAARCUUCAGCAUAUUGYAUCCCUAGUGGYGCGAGUACACCAGCAAUUGCUAUGCUAGUCAUCAUCCUGGUUCCACUUGGUGCAGUCAUCAUACUCUGCUUUGCGAUUGGAUACAAGGUUUGGAAGAGAAAAGUCCCCGGAGAAGGUGGACAACAGGCUGCUGAUAGGACAUGUAGGAAAGUAACCUACAUGAUAAUAUCAGUUGUUUUGGCUUUUAUUAUAUCAUGGGCUCCAAUCUUUAUCACUAGUAUUCUGUUUUAUCAUGUAAACUUACAAAGUGUGUUUGUUGUUGGGAUUUUAUGGCCCAUUUCAUACUCAUUCAUCUAUCUUAACGGCUCAUUUAACUUCGCUAUCUACUAUAUCUUUAGCGAGAACUAUCGUAAUGCAUUCAGGGAUUACGUAUAUGUUGAGUCAGGAGUAGUGAAUUGA